AUGGAAGAAACAACGUUCGGGGUCGACGAGAAAAAGCUCGUCCGAAAGCUGGACCUACAUAUCAUCCCGCUCAUCAUGCUCCUGUACACUUUCAGCUUCCUAGAUCGCGUCAACAUCGGGAAUGCUAGAUUGUACAACUUAGAGGGAGAUCUCGGCUUAGUCGGCAAUCAAUUUCAAAUCGCCGUCUCAAUUCUAUUUGUCACAUACCUUUUGUUCGAAGUCCCAAGCAACCUCGUUUUAAAGCCCUUCACACCGUCUCGGUGGAUUGCUUUCAUUGCUACCAGCUGGGGCAUAGUCGCAACCCUCACUGGCCUUGUCCAGAGCUUCGGCGCUCUCGUCGCGGUCCGAUUGAUCCUCGGCGCACUCGAGGCGGGCCUCUUCCCAGGUUUGAAUGUAUAUCUCACAUUCUUUUACACGAAACAGGAACUUGCCCUGCGUGUGGGUUACCUUUUCGUUAGUGCCGCGAUUGCGGGCUCAAUUGGAGGCUUGCUUGCCUAUGGUAUCGGCCAGAUGGAUGGCGUACAGGGGAUGUCCGGCUGGCGCUGGAUCAUGAUCAUAGAGGGUCUGCCAUCCGUUGUUCUCGGUGUUGCGACGUUCUUUCUCCUACCCAAUGACCCCGACAGCGCCUAUUUCUUGAACGAAAACGAGAAAAAGUUAAUGGUUGCACGAUUCCGUCGUUACUACGGCGAUACCGAGUCAGCGCAGCAAUUCAGCAAAAAGGAUAUGCUUGGGGCGUUCAUGGAUUGGAAGGUGUACAUGUUUUGUAUCGGCCAAUUUGGUGUAGAUACCAUGCUUUACGGUUUUUCGACAUUUCUCCCCACUAUUAUCAAUGGAUUGGGGGAGUGGACCACUGCUGAGGUGCAGCUCCUGACAAUUCCUUGCUACUUCCUGGGCGCUGUUACCUAUAUGAGCACAGCCUAUCUCUCAGACCGGCUGCAAAAACGAGGUAUUUUCUGUGUGAUAUUCGGCACGGUAAGCGUGAUUGGCUACGGGAUUCUCCUAAGUGAUAGCUCAGCCGGUGUCUAUUACUUUGGAUGUUUUACGAUUGCUGCUGGUUUAUACGUAGUUGUUGGAUUGCCGCUUGCAUGGCUCCCGACCAACUUGCCCAGGUAUGGAAAGCGCACGACUGCCAACGGUAUGCAGUUGACUACGGGGAAUGCCUCUGGAAUCAUGGCUCCGUUUAUCUUCCUCAGCGCAGAAGGUCCUCGGUAUACAAAAGGCAACGCGGUUUCGCUGUCAAUGGUGGUUAUGGGUACUGCUAUCUAUGGGUUCAUGUGGUUCUGGUAUUCGAGAGAGAAUAAGAGGAGGGAUCUUGCCGAGGCAAAUACGGCUGAGGAGGGAUCGACGCCAGCGGAGCUUACGGAGCUUGGCGAUUCCAGCCCGCUCUACCGCUACACUUGCUGA